CCUAGCACCUCAUAUCCCCAGCGGGAAGCCCGAUAAGCCCAGGGAUGAUAGAACGAAGAUAGGUGAGGUAUUGGUGCACCAGGCACGAUAUAUGAUAUUUGAUAAUUGUAAGCUAUACUUUUUCCCUACUGUUCACCAAGAAACCCCAGCUAAAGCUACCCCCGAAGACACAAUGGCGAUAUUCAGAUCCAAGGAAGACAGCGCUCGGAAUAAAGUCCCCCUUCACUUUCUGCAGGAGCGUGUCGGCGCCUUUCACGCAAUGAUUCACAUGGCCGCCAAUAAUACGGACUUGGAGACCUGGAUAUUGGGUGAGCUUCAAGCCUCGUUGUGUAAACUGGUUAGUCUGUUCUCUCCGGCUGAGGAAAUCUAGCGCUGGUUCUAAGGGUUGUUAGGAGGACGAUAUCGGUCAAUUGAUAAUAAAUGCGGGGACUCACGAGGGUGAUCGAGGUAUGGAAUAGAUCUUCCGCUGAUACUGCUGCUGCUGAAAUUGCCACAAGAAACGUCAGCUCCUGAUGAUGAAAGAGUCCGACGGAAGCGGAGACGUAAGGCCGUCCGAAAGCUCCUCGCCUCCCUUAAUUGUCUUUCGGCGGAUCUGUUUGCGGCUAUUAGUGUGGCUGAAAGACAGGUUGCGAUUCUCGAUGAUCUACGCAGCCUGUUUUUGGCAAGCUACCGGGCGGGAACCAAGAAUCACGACGAGAGGUCCUCACUCUAGCGGAACCCUUCCUACGGAAAUCCUGCUCUGAUCCCUAUUUUGGCAGAGGAUCCUGAGCCGAUGCGGCAGGAUAUCAUGGAUACCAUCAACCAGGUGGUCCGGGAAAGGAAAUCUUUCAUAAAGCGAGCCGAGAAGUUAAUAGAGAAUAUGGAAAUUAGAAGAAAAAUUGUAUACUUCCCAGGUCUCAGUUCAGCAACAGUGCUAACGAUUCGGCAGCUCUUUGGGUUCUUUAAGUCUGAUCACGCUGAAGCAGCGACAGGGGCGAUGAAACUCAUCGAACGAACUAUUAGGGAGAGCCAAGCCACACUUGCGGAGCAAGACAAAGCUCUACUUGGUUUCACCUUCAUUACCAUCGUGUUUCUUCCUCUCAACUUUUUUACUUCGGUAUCUUACCCCCGUCCAUGAUACUAGUAUUUUCUGACAACAAACCCUAUCAGUAUUUCGGCAUGAACAACAUAACGGAGUCCGAGAUGAUUCCUCUAUCCCUGCGUGAUUUCUGGCUCAUUGCAGGCCCAAUUUCUACGGCAGUCAUAUUACUAUCAUUGCUACUCAUCACCUGGACCCGCCCGUCGGUGGCAGAAUUCAGAACCCUUUUCACAAAGGAAUUAAGCCAAUCUCCCAAGGGAAAGACAGAUGAUAUCGAAAACCGGGGCUCACCUGCGCUUGAUUCGCAAGCGCAGACCUUGAAUGGUUCGACCAGAUCACUUCACCUCCCUUAUGGUGUCAAUACCACCCCAGCGGGUGGAAUCUCAAAGCCGCUCCCGCAAACGCCUACAGAUCCAGACCCUCCUUCAGAACCGACGGCAUAGGAUUCAGGCACUCCGGGAAUUCAACCUCCACGGUGGGGGCAAGAGUCAACAGCCUAGCCCCCCGGUGUCCACAGAGAGUACACGAUUAGGAGCUCGACAGAAUCUAAUCGUCAAACCCCGCUUUGCGAUAAAACGAGCAGCAGCGGUGGCAUUACGAUCCGGUGACGGGGAAGGGGAGGUGGCAGGGGGGCUGGAUAUGAACAAGAAACCCACACGCCAAGCUCUGUCUAUGCCGUAUAGGCAAUGGGAAUAUCAGGAUUGAAGGAUAAGGGACUGGGGGAAGGAGCGACUCGUUCCUUGAACGCUUAUUUUUAUACUUUAGUUUUCAAAUCUUUUUAGCCAGGCAAGGAGGUGACUUAUACGAUUUAUACCUUCUAUUGUCGGUUAGGUAGAGACGGGUAUGUAGCUUAUCAAGGAUAUUGGCGAGG